AUGUCUGGUCAUCCUUAUCAUCCCGGUCGCUCACAACCUCCCACAUCUGCUUCAGCCUCCUCCAGCACCGGAAGACCACCUCCACAACGAAGGCGGACUUCCUAUUCAUCACUGAACGAGGCAUUAGGAUCGCCCGAAGCCGAACGACAGCUUCAAGGUCAGGAUCAAGGUCCGCCUCACACCCUCGGCAUCGGCGUGUUCGGCCAACCUACGCUUCAUCAUCCCUCGUUCACCAUUCCCCUGCCGACAACAGUGCCAGCGUCCACCCCGGUUGACACGCAGGCUCAUAUGUCAUCCGAUGCGCGGUACUUGUACCCACAACAUCAACAGCACCAGCACCAGCAGCAACAACAACCGCACGCAAUGACAUCUUACGAGUAUCAAACGACGUACGCCACCGCCACAACAACUGCCACUGCCCCUCCGUAUGAUUCACCGUCUUCUCAUCACGCGCUUGUACAACAAAAUCGUACACACAGUCAUAGCCACGGUCAUGGGCCAGGCCCGGGUCCACCUCAUCGUCCACCACCCUUGUCUAAACAGUCUCACCCCACGGUCUCACUCCCAUCGUCAUCAUCUCACCCACAUACUCCAACGCAGCCGUCGCCUUUUGGGCCUGGGCCUUCCCCUUCUUAUCAUCCCGCUGCUGGUCCCUCAUCCUACGGUGUGCCACCGACCGGAUACCCCAACGUUGGCGGUCAACCUCAGCCUCAACAACCAUUGCCGCAGCAGCAGCCGCAGUGGAAUCCUGGCAGUGGUGGAGGCGGGGUGAUGAUUGGCGGAGGGGAGCAAUGGUCAGCUUAUGGUCAGCCGCUUGUUCACUCUUCAUCUCAAUCGAACAAUCCUAGUACCAACUUGAAUCCAUCAUCUAUUCCUAUAUCCACUGCAUCUAUCAUCACACCGGUCUCCGUUUCCACAUCAGGUCGACCGGACCCUUCCCCACACCCUUCGCACACGACGCAUCCUCUUCCACAGCCUCACCCUCAACAACACUUUCACCCGCAUCAGCAGCAGCAGCAGCCACCGCUUGCUGGUCCUCCCGGUUCAGGUCCUGCACCUCGAGCAUUCGGCUCAAGACAGUCUACUGGGUCGGACCUUCCUCCUCACCGACUCAGCCAUGGUUCAAUCACAACGAACACGAGCAACACCACCGCUCCGUCUACGCCUAUCGAACCCAGUGCUCCCACGACCUCUCAAUCUUAUUCUCACCACCCGCAAUCUCAUCCUCAGUCGCAUUCUCAACCUCCUCAAUUCCCUCAAUCUCUACCUCGGCCACAACAACCACCACCAACCCAUGCACAAACCCCCUCUCAGGCGCCCAAACCAGCUCCAAAAUCGCGUAGAAAGCGUGAGAAGGAGCCGGCUGGCUCAUCGGGGUCAACUGGGGCAGGAGCCAGUAUGGUGGCAGCUGGCGGGAGUAGUGCUGGUCCCAGCAGCGGUAUUGGACCUGGGCAAAAUCAAAGUCAGGCUAAUCGUCCGCCAAGUACACCAACAGACGUUAGUAUGGGAGGCGUAGUCCUAGGGAUGAGUGGCGGAAGCCCAGGGAGCGGUGGCGGUAGUGGCACCAUGGGGCAAGGUAGCAGCGCGCAGAAUGUGGAUUAUCAUACACUCCUCGACUCCUACCGCUUCAUCAUAGAGAAAACCGCCUCACUAGUAAACGAUCCGUCCUCUCAGGGCCGACCAUCGCCCGAGGAACUACAGCAAAUGACUCAGGCGGCGACCGUAGGGGCUAGAAUUCUGCAUUUUGGAGGUACGGGAGGGGUAAGCGAGUCUCCUACCGGAAACUUAGGGCCUUCGAGCAGUGGACCAGGUGGCGCGAGUGUGCCCAUCAGUGCGUCAGGCACUAGUCAGGUCAUAGGGUCUCCGAUGGGAGGCCAGGGGCAGGUACAGGUUAGUGCGAGCGCGAGCGCGAGCGGGGCCGCAGGAAGUUCGAGUGGUACCGGAGCAGGAGAUGAGGCAGAAAGUAGCAGUGUUCCGGCCAAGAAACAAAAAACGGAAGGGUCAGUACCAGAAGGCCAGAAAUGUCUAGGUUGUGGUGCCACCUCGACGCCGGAAUGGCGGAGAGGACCAUUGGGUCCUCGGACGCUUUGUAACGCUUGUGGCCUCGUUUAUGCCAAGCUUAUUAAGAAGAGGGCGAAAGAAAGUCAUAAAGUAGGUGGUGGUGCGUCUUCUGCGCGAAACGACGAGGAGUCGAGUGACGAGGACGACGAAUCGUUCAUGGCGCAGGAGUAUAGGGAAGAAGGUGAUGAUGAUAUGGGAAGGCAAUGA